AUGAAUUCAAAACCGAAAAGUAUUUUUGAAUGUUUGGAUGAACACUUUUAGGAGUUAGAUUAAGAAGAUGAAGAUGAAGAGAAUGAAAUAAUGCAGAAUGAAAAUAUUACAAAUUAUGAUUAGGGUCCAGGAUAAAAAUAAGAUAAGUCUAAACAUAUAGCGAGACCAAAGGAUAUAAUCAAAUGGGAAGAUAUCAAUAAAUUAGAUGUUUAAGAAGAUGAUUUGUUUGAAAUUUAAGAAGCACCAGAAGAGAGUGUUGUUUCAUAAGUCAAAGAUAAUGAAAAUUUUAAUUUCGAUUAUGAAAUACCAGUCCUAAUGUUGGAUGAUGACAGUCAAAUAAGUCAAGGAAAAAAAAUUAAAUUAGCUGGUUUAAAUAAUUACAUUAAAUCUAAAGAAAAGGAAAGGCAGUAGGUUGAAGAAAAUUUUUAAAGAAUUGUUUAACAAAAAGCUGAAGAAUUAAUUCAAGAAUAAAAAAAGGAGGAGUUGAUGAAAAAGAUAUAAAAGCAAAGUAUUCCUUCUAAAUUGCAAUAAAAAGUCUAAUCACUAUUUUAAUAAGUCGAUUAUGAAGCCAAUCCAAUAAAGAUAACUGCUUAAUAAAGUAUUACUAAUUCAACAAAUACCCCUUCUUUAACUAAAAAAAAAUAAAAUGAUAAUGAACAAGUGAGUAAAUUGAAGGAAGAAAUACUGAAUCUCAAAAACCUAAUAAAUGACUAUAAGUUACGCUACAAUCAAGAUUAGGAUUUAAUUAAGACUCUUAGAGUAACUAUUCAGAAAGGAGACACAAAUUAAUCACGUACAAGUUGUUCAACUAAAGCUAGCAAAACAGAUGAUUUAAUAAAUGAAAAUGAGCAAUUGAAAUAGGAUAUGAUUACUUUAAAAUAGCAACAUUAAAAAGAAAUUGAGUCAUUGAAAUAGUAAUUAUCAAGAGUUUAGAAGAUAUAAGUAGGAUGUCAAUAAAGAUAAUAGAAGGAUCAAGUAAUACCAGAUAAAACUAAAGAAGAAAUUACAAAAUUAUAGGCAGAAAAAGCCUAACAGGGUUCAGAUUUCAGAAAUAAAUUAAAUGAAGCAACUCUAAAAAUUUAAUAAAAGGAUUAGGAAUUAGAAAAAUUAAAAAAACAAAUUAAGACUAUGUAAGAAUAAAAAGAAUAACCAGAUAAAUAAUAGAUCGUAAUUGAAGAUUUAAAAUAAUAAAUAUAAAAGCUCAAUCAACAGAUUGAAGAAAUAAAAUAGAAGUACUUGUUUGAUAAUUAACUUAAACUAUUAUUCCCAAUAUAAUAAGAUAAUGUUUUAGCUGUCCUUAAUAUCUUUUACAAAUUAGAAAACACUAAAAAUGCAGUCAAUUUUAUAAAAACUAAAUUGAAUACUGGAUUUACUUAUGUUUACUCAAAAAUAUACAAUGUCUACAAAUGGUUUAAAUAAAUGAUUAAAUUUAAGUGGACCAAAUCAGUUGUGCAUCAUCCUGAUAAUUAACAACUUGUAAAAGAAGCUAUUUAAAAAAUAAGGACUAAUCCCACUGUUUUAGAAACUGAAAAUUAAAAAUUAACAAAAACAUUGAUCUAGUUAGGCUAAGAGAACAAGGAUCUUUAAGAAAAGUUAUCCUCAUUAUAAAUAUAAUACAAUUAGAAAAUUGAAAUCUAUGGUUAAUUAGAUGAAUUAGUUAGAGUUGAUAAAAUAUAAUUAGCAAAUCAAUUAAUGAUGCGUAUACUGAAAAAAGAAGCUGAGGAUAGAAAUAAUGAGUAGUAAAUAGAAUACCCUGAAUUAUAAAUUGUUAAAAAAUAUGCUGAGUUGAUAAUGCAAUCAACUCUUCCUCAAUAUCAAAAGUCGUAAUCACCUAAACAGGAUAAAAACACUAAGGCUGUUGCAUCCCUAUAAGGAAUCAAUAAUAAAUAGGUCUCCAUUGCAGUUACAAAAUGUGGACACAUUGAAAGGCACUAAAAAAGAGAUUAAAAGCCUACUAAAGGGUAAUAUUAUAAUAAAUGA